AUGAUGUUCUACUGUCUCCUCAUGCUGUUGCCAGUUUAUUGCGGCGCUUGUGAUAAAAAACCUCCUUUAUGGAAGAAGCAUUUCGAGAAAGAAAUCCGGAUAUACUGUCAACAUAAAACAGGCUUGGCACCAAAAAUGAAGUUCAAAGGUUCUUUGAUACACACACUUCAAAGAUUUGUAUCAUAUGGGCCAGGAAAGGUUGAUUCAAGUGUAACUCGCAUAUUCAAAAUACCAAACAAGGAUGACUGCCGGAAUAUGAACAAAAUAGUGAUUUCAAUGAUCAAGCACAUCGUCACUAAGAAUAACAAAAUCCCAAAAAGAACUUGUAAGGAACCCCUUCCCCGCGCCAUGUGUUGUAUCGCAUCAUACUCGCCAUAUGUUAUCGCAUAA